AUGCCCAUCGAGAAGAACGAAAAGUCGCUCGUGAUCACGACCGAGUCGGUACGUCCCGUCAAUCAUCGCUGGUAUGGCGCUCACAUUACCUCUUGGCAGGUUGACGGCAAGGAGCGCUUGUUCUUGAGCUCCAAAGCUGUCAUGGAUGGUAGCAAGCCAAUCCGAGGUGGUAUCCCAAUCUGCUUCCCCAUCUUCAGCGCCCCACCCUCCUCUCCCCCAGAGUACGCCGCGCUCAAGCAGCACGGCUUCGCCCGUACCCUCACCUGGACGCUCGACCACGUCGUCAUGGACCGUUCCGAAGGCGUCUCCGUCCGUCUGCUCUCUGGCCCGCCCCCAGCAGAGUUCAAGCACGAUUACCGCCUGUCCUACGUCGUCACGCUGGCGAAGCACCAGCUGUCGACGGAUCUCCACAUUGUUAACACGUCCAAGUCGGAGGACUUCAAGUUCCAGGCGCUACUGCACAGCUACUUGGCUGUUCCGGAUGCGAAGAAGGUCAAGAUUGUGGGGCUUGACAAGGGGACCGAGUAUAUUGACAAGGAGUUGGACUUCAAGCGGGAGACGUGGGAGGGUGGGGAUUUGGCCAUGGACAAGGCUACUGACAGGGUGUACCAGAAUCUCAAGACCAAGGAGCUCAAGGUCGAUAACGGAGACGGGUCAGGCUUGAACGUUAGGUGGCGCGAGUUUGUCGACUGCACCAUCUGGAACCCCUCAGAGGGCGGUCGGUCGAUGCCAGACAUGGAGGAGGGCGGUUGGGACCGCUAUGUCUGUGUCGAGCCGGGAUACGUUCACGAGUUCAAGACUCUCAAGCCGGGAGAGGAGUUCCUCGCGCAGCAGGUCAUCUCGAUCGCUUGA